UGCGGCAAAGAACCGGGCUGUGCCCAAAGUGUUCUCUGGAAGUUGUAGUUCCUGUAUUGGUGAGGCAAGGAGGAGGCGGAGUGACUCGGCGGCCAUUAGCUGUGUGUAGUUGCCCGGGACUAGGAGCUUAAGUGAAGAGGGACGCCUUGUUCGGUGGAAAUCAGCCAUAGCCAUGAGUUUCUGCCGGGGCUAGCCCUAGAGUACGGAGCAGGCGGACUUCUCGGUUCCCCGCCCCGCCGGGUGGCGGGGCCUACUAGGCCUCCGGGCAUCCCCGGUCUCAAGUAGGCCUCAUCUGCUGGCAAGGGCGCCCCAAACGCGGGAGGCGCCAUGUCGCUGGUUGCUUACGCCAGCAGCGAUGAGAGCGAGCCGGAUGAGGCUGAGCCCGAGCCAGAGGAAGAGGAGGCGGUGGCCCCUACAUCUGGGCCCGCUUUAGGGGGCUUGUUCGCUUCUCUUCCUGCGCCCAAGGGUCCGGCCUUGCUGCCUCCGCCCCCUCAGAUGCUGGCCCCAGCCUUUCCCCCGCCGCUGUUGCUUCCCCCACCCACCGGAGACCCCAGGCUUCAGCCUCCUCCCCCCUUGCCCUUCGGCCUGGGAGGCUUCCCCCCACCUCCAGGCGUGAGCCCGGCUGAAGCGGCGGGAGUUGGGGAGGGACUGGGAUUGGGAUUGCCCUCGCCCCGAGGCCCUGGCCUCAAUCUGCCCCCUCCGAUUGGCGGUGCCGGUCUCCCGCUGGGGCUUCCCAAGCCAAAGAAGAGGAAAGAGCCCGUGAAGAUCGCGGCGCCGGAGUUGCAUAAGGGAGAUUCAGAUUCUGAGGAAGAUGAACCCACAAAGAAGAAAACUAUCCUUCAGGGAUCCGGUGAGGGGACUGGUUUGUCUGCCUUGCUUCCCCAACCUAAAAACCUGACUGUGAAAGAGACUAACAGGUUGCUCCUGCCCCAUGCCUUCUCCCGCAAACCCUCGGAUGGCUCCCCUGAUACUAAGCCCUCCAGACUGGCUUCUAAGACCAAGACUUCCUCUCUUGCCCCUGUUGUGGGCACCACAACCACCACUCCGUCGCCCUCUGCUAUCAAGGCUGCUGCCAAGAGUGCUGCCCUGCAGGUGACAAAGCAGAUCACACAGGAAGAAGACGACAGUGAUGAGGAAGUAGCCCCUGAAAACUUUUUCUCCCUUCCUGAAAAGGCUGAGCCACCUGGAGUUGAGCCAUACCCUUACCCCGUCCCCACUGUCCCUGAAGAGCUGCCUCCAGGCACGGAACCAGAGCCGGCUUUCCAGGACGAUGCAGCCAAUGCCCCCCUUGAAUUCAAGAUGGCAGCAGGCUCAAGUGGGGCCCCUUGGAUGCCUAAGCCUGGGGACGACUACAGCUACAAUCAGUUUUCCACGUAUGGCGAUGCCAAUGCCGCUGGUGCUUAUUAUCAGGUUCAGGAGGUACAUGUACAGGAUUAUUACAGUGGUGGCUACUAUCCUGCACAGGACCCGGCCCUGGUCCCCCCCCAGGAAAUUGCCCCAGAUGCCUCCUUCAUCGAUGACGAAGCAUUUAAGCGGCUGCAGGGCAAGAGGAACCGAGGGAGAGAAGAAAUAAACUUUGUGGAGAUCAAAGGUGAUGACCAGCUCAGUGGGGCCCAGCAAUGGAUGACUAAGUCAUUGACAGAAGAGAAAACCAUGAAGUCAUUCAGCAAAAAGAAAGGUGAGCAGCCAACCGGCCAGCAGCGGCGGAAACACCAGAUUACAUAUCUUAUUCAUCAGGCCAAGGAGCGGGAGCUGGAACUGAAGAACACCUGGUCAGAGAACAAGCUCAGCCGCCGUCAGACCCAAGCCAAAUAUGGAUUCUAGGGCUCUGGAACUGAUGCUCCCAGGAUCUCCUGCCAGCCCAGCUGGCCUGGCCCCCAGCUUCACCUCUGGGACCCCAGCUUCUCUAAGCCCAGGAUCUCUUUCCCCAAGGACCCAGCCCUCGCCUCUGCGAGAAUGAACAUAUUUGAUAGAUUUUUCUUAACAAAUUAGAAAAUUCAGCUCCUUUCUGUCCUGGAGCUAGCAAAGACUUGUGUGAUGCCUCCGAAGGGGCUCUGAGUUCUGGGAUGGGAGUUUUGCUCUCUGUCAGGUGUGAUGAAAUGUUGAACCCUCCCCACCACCACUUUUUUUUUUUUUAAACCAGGGAUGUCUGUUGAAAUAAAACAUUCAGUCUGACAAAC